AUGGUAUCAAUAGAAGAAAACAACGAACCAGAGCCUCUUACUCCGUUGGAAGCCGGCCCAUCCAACCCACAGUUUGCCCCUCAAACAAGCAUGCACUCAACCCUUGUUUCCGAUGACGAGCGCACGGUGAUAAAUAAUCAAAAGGUGCUUAGAAGGGACUUGAAGAAACCCUCUGAGGGUGAUUUUAAUCCUGGAUACACUGCAUGGCCUCAACACAAAUGGGGAAAUGCAUCCGCUGUGGGAUUGGCAGGGUUUGCUUUGACUGCGUUUGUUGCCGGUUUGCUUUUAGCUCGAGCAAUGGGUAUUACUACCUUGAAUGCAGUGAUGGGCGCAGCUGUGUUCUACGGAGGAGUAGUGCAAUUUAUAGCUGGCCUUUUUGAACUUUUCAUUGGCAAUACUUUUGCUGCAACUGCCUUUGUCAGCUAUGGUAGCUUUUGGAUGUCAUUCGGCGCCAUUUUUAUUGAUACUUUUGGUAUUAUUCCGGCUUAUGGUGGUGCUGAUACAGAGGAGUUUGGUAAUGCAGCAGGAUUUUUCUUACUUGGUUGGGGAAUUUUUACGUUUAUGAUGUUGCUUUGCACCCUUAAAUCAACUUGGCCGUUUGUCCUCUUGUUUUUCACAUUGGAUUUUGGAUUCUUCCUACUCGCGGCUGGAUAUAUGAGACAAAGUGUUCGUUGUAUUCGAGGUGGCGGUGUGUUGGUUGUGAUUAGUGCCUUGUUCGGUUGGUAUAGCUGCUUUUCAGGCGUUUCCAAUAGCUACAAUAGUUACUUCGUUUUCCCUACGUUGCCUUUGCCGGUUUUCCACAACAAAACAAAAACAUUGCCUAGCUAG